GAGCAGCGGUGAGUGAAGGAAGAGUUGGUCCUGUAGACCGAAGCCUUAGAGAGGAAGGAACACCUGCCACUGCAUUUUGGACACAGGCUGCUUGGAUUGGUCAGAUCUCAUCUUUAUCAUGAUCAUCAUCAUCUCUCUGCUCCUGUUGGGCUCUCUGCUGCCAAACCUGAGCUUCACUGCCAGUGUCAAGGUGCGUAUAGUGAAUGGCUCUGAAGCACGACCUCACUCCAGACCUUACAUGGUUUCUGUUCAGAAGAAUAGGAGACACGUUUGUGGAGGAUUCCUUAUUUCUGAUCAGUUUGUCUUGACUGCUGCACACUGCAGAGAUGACACUGAGAUUCUGACAGUUGUGGCAGGUGUACAUGACUUAUCAAGCAGCAGUGAAAACCAUGUCCGCAUUGGUGUGAGUACCUAUAACAAGCCUCCAGAAUACGACCCUGAUCCGAAAAAACCUAAAAUAGCCGACCUGAUGAUUCUGAAGCUGAAUAAAAAAGUCAAACUAAACAACAAGAUCAAGACGAUUCCCAUACCAAUGACACCUGUAGAGAUCAGAGUGGACACUGAUUGCAGUGUUGCAGGCUGGGGGUUUGUGACGAAUAGCGGCCCUUCAAGUCAGACCCUUAGAGAGGCAAACGUGAAAAUUAUAAAGAACACGGACUGUGCUGCUCGAUGGGACUGGGUUUAUGAAGCAUCACAGAUGAUGUGUGUAUAUGGCCGUGGAGGAUCCUGUGACGGGGAUUCAGGAGGUCCUUUGGUUUGUGACAACACUGCGGUGGGCGUUACAGCCUUUGUAAGCUUCAAGAGCUGCAACGAUCCAAAUCUACCCAACGUUUAUACGAAAAUUUCUGCAUUUCUUCCAUGGAUCCAGAGCAUAUUAAGAACUAAAUGAAUUCUGCAAAAAUGGAUUGAAAUGCUUGCUUUUAUUUCUUUUAUCUUUUUAAACUGUAUUUUUUUAAUAACUCAUUAAACUAUAGGCUUCUGCACCGUACUCAUCACAAACUAUGCUCUAUGCAUUAUAUUUUUGUGGUCGUGCGUGUGUUUGAUGGUUAAAUUUCUGAUUUUUUUCACAAACAGAUUUCAAAUAAAGCAUUGAGCAUCAAGCAUCAAUAAGUCAACGUGUCUUACUGUAAUGAAAUUGCAGCAAACACAGUUCAAUUUUAACUUAACUGAGAUAAUCAAGUAAAACUAGAUUGCAGUUUUAUUAUCUUUCCCUAAAAUAAGGACAACAUCCUUAUCAAAGUGUA